GCUGAGCGCAAGCGGUCGAUUUAAUUUUAGACUGGUGGGGUCAUGGUACACCACAAACAGUUAGAGAUAGCGUAAAUAUUUGUUUAAAUUAUUAAUAUUAUUGGGUUUUGGUGCGAUGGUGUGUGAGACGGUCUUUGGGUUGCUGGUGGCGGGGCUGCUGCAGCUGGGGGCGGCGAAGACGCCGGACGUGCUGAUGGUGGUGGUGGACGACCUGAGACCAGCGCUGGGGGUGUACGGGGACCCCAAUGCCCAUACUCCGAACAUCGAUAAACUGGCCAGCAAGAGUUUCGUCUUCACGAAUGCAUAUGCACAACAAGCCCUUUGCGCCCCCAGCCGCAACUCCUUCCUCACAAGCCGCCGCCCCGACUCCCUCCACCUCUACGACUUCUACAGCUACUGGCGCGACACCGUGGGCAACUUCACCACCCUCCCCCAAGUCUUCAAAGAAAACGGCUACUACACCCACUCCAUCGGCAAGAUUUUCCACCCAGGCGUCUCCUCCAACUUCACCGACGACGCUAAAUACAGCUGGAGUGGGCAACCUUUCCACCCAAAAACCGAAACGUACAAAGAGGCUAAAGUUUGCAUGAACUCAGAUGGACAACUCGCGCGUAACCUAAUUUGCCCAGUUAUCCCCGACGCGCAACCUGGAGGCACCCUACCCGACUUGGAGUCACUAGUAGCAGCUCAGGAAUUCCUGGAGCACAAAGACCAGAUUACAAAAGGGAAACCGUUCUUUCUGGCGGUGGGGUUCCACAAGCCGCACGUUCCAUUGAAGUUCCCUGUGGAGUAUUUAGAAUUUCAUCCCUUGGAGGAUGUAGUGUUGCCGAAAAUCCGGUGGAAGCCUCCACUCAUGCCUUCGGUGGCGUGGAAUCCGUGGCUGGAUGUCAAAAGUAGGGAUGAUAUCACUAAGUUAAAUUUGUCGUUUCCGUUUGGAGUUAUGCCGGAUAAUGUUACCAGACAGGUGAUUCGGGGUUAUAAUGCAGCUACUAGUUACAUAGAUGACCUAAUUGGGUCACUUCUUGGGAAAAUUAAUUUGAAUAACACAGUUGUUGUUUUGACAGGCGAUCAUGGGUGGUCGCGUGGUGAACACGGCGAGUUUUCAAAAUUCAGCAACUUCGACGUCGCCACUCAAGUUCCCCUCAUCAUCCACGUACCUGGCUUAAGUCAUGUGGAAGUCGUUGUGGACCAACUAGUCGAACUUGUUGACUUAUUCCCUACUUUGGUGGAUCUGACUCAGGUCGCACCGCCUCUACCAACUUGUAGUGAGGAUGGCAAAAACUCGAAACUGUGUACCGAGGGGCGCAGCAUGGUCCCAAUUAUGGUUACGAAAAAACAAAAACAGGUGUCACCUGGAAAAAGUGCGGUUUUUUCACAAUACCCAAGACCUGGUGCUUUCCCUACUCAACAACCUGAUAGUGAUAGACCUAGACUUAACCAGAUCACUGUGAUGGGCUACAGUAUAAGGACGCAGCAACACAGAUAUACAGAGUGGAUUAAAUUUAAUCAUACGUCUUUUCUGGCUGAUUGGUCCACAGUGUACGGCAAGGAGUUGUACGAUCAUUUGAUCGAUCCUCUGGAGAAUAUGAAUUUGGCACUGAGGCCUGAAUUGAGUUAUGUUGUAAGUUCUUUAAGAAAAAAGUUAAUUGCGGGUUGGAGAUACGCAUAAUGUGAUGAUUGUUUGUAAUGUGAUCAAACCAAUAAAUUUGUUUCCACUA